AUGGCUGAAAACUCGGUGCGCAUGAUUGUGCGCAAGUUGACCUUUGCACCCGAUGAGGCAGGUCCCCAGCCGACAGCAGAGGUGGUUCGCGAUUUUCUAAUGAGUCUCGGAAGUCUGCGGGUCGAAGCUUCUCUUGACAAGCAGAAAUACUUCCAUGGCGAAUCUAUAGUUGUCAAUGUACUUGUGGACAAUAAUUCAACGAAAACUGUCAAAAGGAUCAAGUUGAUAGUGCGGCAGUACACGGUCAUCUGCCUUCCUAACGCAAGUCAUUACAAGUGCAACGUCGCCGAGAUUAACUCCGAGGAAGGCUUUCCUAUAUGGCCGAGUCAAACGGGUUGGUGCAAAGUGUACCGACUCUGCCCCCUUUUGGUGGACAAUAGGGACAAGUCAGGUUUGGCACUGGACGGCGAUCUUAAAAAUGAGGAUACCAAUCUCGCCUCCUCAACCAUGUGCGUUGAAUUUGCCAAAUAG